GGGAGGCUUUGAAUUAAAAACAGGGCAAAGGGCUCCUGUUUCCGCUGUUACUGUGUUGCCUGGCAGCCGCCUGGGGUUGCUGGGGCUAUUUAAAGGGCUCCGGCCCCUCCGGGGAGCCAUUUAAAUAGGAUCCUUCUGCCUGAGUCACUGCCUGGAAAUUCGGGAUCAUAGGCAGUAGGAUAUGAAUAGAAAGUGGCCAGAUGUAAUCUGUGAGCCAGAUCAAAGUGUUAGGUGGGGCAGAUCCGCCACCUCAGACUGCAUCUUGCCCAACCCUGCUCUCCCCACCCAAGAGUAGCCAGUGCAAGAUAGUGUGAAUUUGUAGACGGAGCUUCCUGUUGUGUUGGGACCAGCUGAGCAAGUCCUCUAUGCCAGAGAUUGUUGCUCCUUGUGGUGUCUGUGAAGUGUUGGAUGAGUGACAAAAAUGAGAUCCCUGCGGGGAUACAAAAUUUGUAUUUGCAUCCAAGCUGCAAAAAUGGUCCAUGUAUUUGCAGGAUUCUAACAAUAAUCACUUACCUCCCCAGAUUCCUGCAAAGUCCCCAUUGACUUCAUUGGCACCUGGGUUUGAGUAAAGGUGGCAUGUAGGCUAUUUGUAUAUAUACACAAAAACAACUAAACAAAUUUAAAACACAACUGAAACAAGUUACAAUCGCUUCUCCGUCAUGGAAGAAAAUGAGAGGACAAACAACAUGUAGUCAUGUUGCUUUGUUAACAUGCUACUGGAAGGAGCUCAGAUAGUUAGGUUCUUAUGCCAUGCUCAUCACCUAUCUGGAACAACAACAAAAAAAGUCCCUUGGCGCCUUAGAAACUAGGGCUGUUAGUCUCUAAGGUGCCACUGGACUUCUUGUUUUUUAUUGUUUUUGUUUUUUUUAAGAUACAGACUAACACGGCUAUCCUUCUGCAACCUAUCUGGAACAGUGUAGGAUCAGAACCAUAUAGCAGUCAUGCCAAGACUGCAGUGUCUUAACUGCUCUAACAAGUGCAACAACCAAACAAAACAACCCACUCCCAUAUUGCAGCAAAGUUAUAUCAAUAUAAUAAAAUAUGUAAAGGACAACUUAUGGCUAAUGAGACGCGAAUGCCACUUUAUAAACAUAUGUAUAGAAUAGUGUGGUAUAAAAUGCCUUAAUGAGAUAGGUUGAUAUUCUGACCCACCAAAGAUUUCUGCUUAGUUUUUCCAGUAUAACUAUAUCAUCCUGUUUGGAAAAAUGUCCUUUACUCCCUCUUCAGUAAUGGCUUGAUCCUGGAAGGAGAUGAGCAGUUCCUGAGUACCUUCAAUUCCCCUUGACUUCUUUUUUGGAAUUAGAGACUUGCCUGAGAUAAUUUGGGAUGUAAAAUUCUGUGAGAGAGGAGUGGAUAUUUUGAUCAACAUAUGAAAAGUUCUACCUUUUGAUGAGUCACUAAAAAGAUAAAGAAUGGCAUACUCCAUUUCAGCACAGAAUUUUGUUGCGCUUUCAGAUCUACAUCCAAAUCUGGCUCGCCCUAGUAUAAUCGGUGUAGUUAUUGGGAAAACAGAUGUCAAAGGUUUUCCAGACCGAAAAAACAUUGGAUCUGAAAGAUACACCUUCGGUUUUACCAUUCGUGAUUCACCAGCCUGCUUCAUAAAUGUAAAUUCUUGGGGCAGAGAAGAAUAUGUUAGAUCACUUUCAGAAAGUUUUAGAGUAGGUGACUGUGUGACAAUUGAAAAUCCUUUAGUGCAAACAAAGGAGCUAGAAAAGGAAGAAAAAUUCAAUCCCACAACUCCUAGCUGCUACAAAUUACUGCUCAGUGAGUCUCAUUCAGUGGUCAAAAUAUGUUACCGCUAUGAAGUGGACACCAAACUGCUUUCCUUGUCACAUCUACCUGUAAAAGAUCCUCAGGAUUACUAUUCUCUAGGUGACAUUGUUGCAAAUGGGCAAAGCCUUGAUGGAAGAAUCAUUAAUGUGCUCGCAGCAGUGAAGUCAGUGAUUUCAGUACAGAUUUAUGAGAAUGGAACCUUCCAAAAACACACGCAUGUUUUGGGAUCAUCUCAUCAUAUGAAUAGAAGACAUAAAUAUCUGGUUGGGGAGCCAAAGUACUUUACAACUUCAGACAAAAGGAAGGGUCAAAGGUGUGAAGUAAAGCUGUAUGAUGAAACAGAGUUUUCCUUUGCGAUGAUAUGUUGGGAUAAUGAAUCUAUCCAGCUUGCGCAGAGUUGGAUGCCACGAGAAACAGUAAUAUUUGCAUCAGAUGUGAGAAUAAAUUUUGACAAAUUCAGGAACUGUAUGACUGCAACUGUUAUAUCAAAAACUAUUAUUACAACUAAUCCAGACACACCAGAAUCGAAUAUUCUUUACAACUUCGUAAAAGAGAGUGCAGCAAUGGGAACUUUGAAUGAUAUAACUGACGAUCAGUUACAAGAAUCUAUAAAUUUGCAGACUAUAGUUGACAUUUAUACUGUGGAGCAAUUAAAGGUAAAAGCUUUGCAGAAUGAGGGAAAACUUGAACCAAUCUAUGGCAUUAUUUAUGCAUAUAUUUCUACAUUGAAUAUUGAUAAUGAUACAUCUAAAUUUAUACGAAACAGGUGUUCAGGGUGCCACUAUGUGGUCAAUGAAAUGUCAGACACCUGCACUUUCUGCAGUGACAGUUCUUCAAAUGCUAAGUCUGUCUUUACCAGUUUUGAUUUGCUAGUUGAUCUUACAGAUCACACAGGCACUUUAAAUUCUUGUAACCUCUCAGAUGUUGUAGCUGAGGAAACAUUAAGUUGCACGGUCCAUGAGUUCCUCACUCUGACAGAAGAGCAGAAGACAGCAUUAAAAUGGCACCUUCUUUUGGAACGAAGCAAAAUGUAUUUUAAAUUGGUUUUUUCGCCCAGUUUGAGAACCGGAUUGAGAGUGAACUUGCUUUCGUGCAAAUUGGCAGAUCCUGUAGAGGCCAGUCAGAGCUUGUCAGGAAAAGGAAGAAAAUAACAUUGUUUGGCUUUUUAACAGCUGGAAAGAUUUUAAAAGUUUGCAGUUCAUUGAAACUACAUUAUUAUAAAAAAGUUUAAUGCAAUACUUCCAUUUGUUAAAUGCAUUUAAAUUGGUAAAAGAGAAACAGGUUUAUUACUUACUGAUCUUUACAAACAGGUCUAUAUCGUCUCGAUCUUUCUAUUUUAUGUUAUUCUACUUAGAAAAGCUUGUUUAGGGCUCAUUUUAGGAAAAAAUCUGUCUGACAUUUAGAUGUACUUUCUGGUAAAUUAAGCUCUUUAAGUAGAGAGGGAAACAAUUUUUCAUUCAGUUUAUAGUAAAUUUUGAAAACUGAUCAAAGGAAUAAAAACCGUUAUUUAAUCUAAA